AGAUCUCCACGAAACCAUACGCCGACAUAUAUGUAACUCUCAUCACUAUUCCGAUCUCUCUGUCGUGCGAACCGCCUUUCCAGUCUCCGACAAAUCCCUACUUCCAUGGAAAUCGCUGCCUUCGGUUCACACGGUUCCGUUCAGAUACUUUGGAAUUCACAUUCUUCUAUUGAUAAGCCUAAUUGGAUUCGCCAUUCCAAUAGUGCAUGGAAAAGAAUUAUCUUUCCCAAAGCUUGGGUCAGUCAGGCACAAAAGGGGUCUUUGCUAAAAAGACUGAAGGCCUCAGAAAGAACUGCAGAUUUGACAUCUAAUGUAGCUGCUUCAGAAAAUAGUUCGCAAGGCCCUUUAGAGAAGAAAGCUGUUUGGAAAUCCACUUUUCCUAAUGGGUUUGAGGAAUUGGUCCUAACAGUCUGUGAUGAAACUAGCAUUGCGGAGCUUUCUAUGAAGGUUGGCAACUUUGAAAUGCAUCUGAAAAGAGACAUUGGAAUAUCAGAAGCUUUAACUUCUACUAUAUCUACGAUUGUCUCACCUACUACAGCACCACCAAUUCCAAGUGAGCCAAUGUGUGUGUCAACUAUUGCCCCUGCCCAACAAGACGUUCCAAAGGAACCUGUUCUACCAGAAACAAGUCCAUUUUCAGACAUCUAUUCUUCAAAGGCGUUAAAACUUGCAGCUCUGGGAGCCUCCAGUUCAAAUGCAUAUGUUCUAAUAUCAUCUCCUUCGGUGGGAACGUUUCGAAUUGGAACAACACUCAAGGGAAAGAAGCAACCUCCAUGCUGUGAAGUGGGUGACAUGAUCAAAGAAGGGCAGGCCAUUGGCUUCUUGGAUCAGUUUGGAAAUGAGCUGCCUAUUAGGUCCAAUGUAGCUGGAGAAGUCCUAAAGAUCCUAUGCAAGGAUGGAGAAGCAGUUGGCUACGGUGAUGCGCUCAUUGCUGUCUUGCCUUUCUUUGCUGGAAUAGAAUGAUGUGCUCAACUACCUGCAAACGGACGCCCUUGAGCUUUAAAAGUGCAUCGCCUCAUUCUUGUCAUACUACUGUUUGUGCUUAGUUGAGGGUAUUUGAGUACCAAAAACAACAUCAGUGACAACACAAACAAAAAAAAAAGAUCUCUAAUGGUUUGUCUGUUGAAGAAAUAAAUUUACACGGAACAAUAACCAACAAGUCUCAUUCUUGCUCA